AUGUGUAAAUUUCUUAGAAAGGCCGAUGAAGUGGGGCGAGUUUGGAAGGUUUGUGAGUCUAAUCCCAACCCCGAUGAGUGCAUGGCUGCCAUUGAAGCUUGGGGGAAACUAAACAAAAUUGAAGAAGCCGAGGCGGUCUUCGAACGGAUGUUGAAAACGUGGAAAAAGCUAUCUUCAAAGCAUUAUUCAACGCUCUUGAAAGUUUAUGCAAACCAUAAGAUGUUGGCAAAGGGAAAGGAUCUUGUGAAGCGAAUGGCAGAUAGUGGGUGCCGGGUUGGCCCAUUGACGUGGGAUGCGCUUGUGAAGCUCUACGUGGAGGCUGGGGAGGUUGAAAAGGCCGACUCAAUUCUACAGAAAGCUGCACAGCAGAACCAGAUGAAGCCGCUGUUCAGUUCUUACAUGGCGAUUAUGGACCAGUAUGCGAACAGAGGCGAUGUGCACAAUGCUGAGAAGAUGUUUCAUCGGAUGAGACAGUCUGGGUACGUGGGUCGGCUUAGGCAGUUCCAAACUUUGAUCCAGGCUUAUAUUAAUGCCAAGUCGCCAGCCUACGGGAUGAGAGAGAGGAUGAAGGCAGACAAUAUUUUCCCAAAUAAAGCAGCCGCUGAGCAGUUGGUUCAGGUUGAUGCAUUUAGGAAGUCGGUGAUGUCGGAUUUGCUCGACUGAGCGGUGAGGGUUUUAAGAAGUUCCAAGUGAAUCAAAGUUAUGUUGUUUGGGUACUUAUUUUUUACUCUUGUUUAUACCAAACUAGUAGGGAUUUACUUGUAGGCGGAAACAUUUUUGGAUCAUGCUUUUUGCUGUAUCUGCUGCUAUUGAAGCUUUUUAAUAUGUCAGUUCAUAUGUCCAAAUCCACCAGAUUGAUUUUGCUGAGUUUUUAUAACAAAUUUGCUACCA